GGAAAAAUUACUCCCGAAAAAUCAACCCAUUUUCCCAAAAUUUAAAAAUGAAACACAUUAAGCUGCUCAUUCUAAUUAUUGUCUUCAUUUUGAUUAUUGGUGUAUCUGCAAAAAGACGUGGUUUUCCCACCAGAGCGAAUUGUCCACGUGGAAGUAUGGUUUAUGAACCUGGCGGAUGCUGCGUUUUUGCCGAUGGGACCAGAAAUUGUGGAUAA